AUGGCUGACACCGGUGACAUGAGUGACAUCGAGCACGAGGAAGAGCAAGGUAAUUUAAAAUACAGUAUAAAGUUCAUGUAUUCUUGACUUGCUAUUGGUUGAUGAUUUUUUAUACCUAUUCCCCCUCCAACAUAACAAAACGAUUGGAAAUACUCGGUCUGAAAUUAUAUCUAUUUUGCGCUUUUUCUGUAGGUUUGGAAAAUACAAAUUUAGAUUCCGCAGGCCCAGUUCCCGCUGAUAUUCCACCAACUGCACCAAGUAAGUUUCUUAUUGUUGCACCAAGUAAGUUUCAAGUAAGUUUUUCCAAUGGCCUUGUUUCCAUGUUAACUUAUUUUAGCAUGUCAGGAGCAGAUAAAUAUUAUAUUCCCAUGUUUUCCCUCAUGUUUUAAUGGACAAAUUUGUUUCGUGCUGUUCUUAUAAUAGGUUCAAUAACAAAGUAAUUUUCAUUGCUACUAAGCACAAAACUUGAAUAAAUAAACGGUAAGGUCUAUUCAAGAUAUCCAUCUGAAUUACAUUUAUUUGGUGCUUUUUCUGUAGGUUUGGAAAAUACAAAUCCAGAUUCCGCAGGCCCAGUCCCCGCAGAUAUUCCACCAACUGCACCAAGUAAGUUUCUUGUUGUGCAAACAAGUUUUUCUAGUUUCCAUAUGGGACUUGUAAAGUAAACAGCCAAACAAUUUUUAAUCUUGUGAAUCAUGAUAUUAAUUUAUUCAAAUUUGUUUUAAUAUUUCAGAUGGGGAAAUUCUCUGCUAUGUUCAUAAGGUUACGCCAGUAAUGAAUUCAGGAAGGAUUAAAUACACAACUUGCCAGCUCCAAACUGGAACAAAUGCACUAGUCAAGGCAAUCUGUUUUUCACCACCUAAAAAUAAGCCACUACGUUUGGCAAUGGAAAAAAAGAGCCCUGUUAAGAUCCAAAAUUAUGACUACAAUGAGAAGUUUUCUAACGUAGUAAUAAAAAACAAAAGCUCUAUAAGCACCCUCAGUGAGAAAUUACCUUUCGCUUUGAAUGAUUCAAUUGACAGUGAAGUUCUAACUAUUGAUUCACUGUAUACCACAGUGCCACAGCAACUGGUCACAGUUAGAGCAACUGUCAAUGAUAUUUCAGGGGUUAAAACAAUUAAAGUGGAACAUAAAACAUUGAAAAAAUCAUCAGCCACCCUUGUUGACCCAACAGGUUCCAUAUCUGCAGUGUUCUGGGAAGAGUGGGCAAGUUGUGUCCAGGCUAAGAAGACCUACCUAUUCAAAAAUCUGAGAGUCAAACGCAACAACUAUACAAAAGAGCUGUAUGUUAACACAGCUAAAGAAGGAUUUAUGGUGGAAAUGACAGAAGAUUUUGAAGAAGAUCUAGCUGAACCAGAGCCCACUGUUUUGGAAAUGACAACAAAAGAGAUAGAUAUCACAAUCAUUGGUAUUAGAAGUAUUUCAACAUAUUACAUAUGUGGUUCAUGUGGGAAAAAAGCAGUGCAAGUUGGUUCUCUUCUGAAGUGUGAAACCUGCAAAAUGAAACAACGAAUAAUGGCCACUAGCAAGCAAUGGUGUGCACGGUUAUUCGUUGAAAAUAGCAAUACAUCAGAGCACUUAAAUAUUAUGGUUUUCCAUCAGCAUUUACGUAAAAUGUUCCAGUGCAAUGGUAAAGAGUUUGAGUGGAAUGAAAAUCUUGAUGAGGAUAAAAUAACAUGUGUCCUCUUGGAAGGUGGCAAAAUUAAUGUCACUUAUGACAUUACAGACAAUAAACUUGUUGAUGUUAAUUUCUAA